AUAAUUUGGGUGUCUUUUUCCUCUGUUUUAGUCAAAUAUAUGAGAGUAGUUUAAAAAUUGUUUUACCUGGAGUUGCCAAACUUGGCUGUAUAUCUGAGCAGUCUGGAUGAGAAGCCUUUGCAACUGAUAUUGUCCUCAAGCAGCUGAUCAUCAGAGCAUUUCCUUCCCCUAUCCAAUCCAGCAAAAUGAGCACAUCCAGCAGGCAGAGCUCUUCUACGUCUAUGGUCAACAACUUGGCCAAAAUAUUUGAUCCAAAUGCUUUGCAAACCCAAGGGCCUGAUAAUGGAACGGAACCCCCCCAGAUUCUUCAUGUUGAAAGCAGUGAUGUCAGCACAUCUGAAAGUUUUAACAUCAUGGAUAUGAAGUUUGCCUCCCUUGAACAGAAAAUAGAUAAGCUGUUGAUUCUGCAAGACAGUGUUCUUAAGAAGCUUAACAGCGUUUCCCAAGAAAUCUGUUGCAUUGAAAAAGACAUUGAGAUUGUAAAGGCGGAAACAACUGAACCUGAAUCAAGGAUGGAAAGAAACAAAAGUCUGAGAAGUAAUGACAUGAAGAGGCUUUGCCUUAAAAUGAAAAAAUCUCUUUCUGAUAUGAACAGGAAUGCAGAGCAGCAGGUUAAAAGACUAGAUGGACUGGAGCAAAGUGUUUCUGGAUUACAGAAGCUUGUAGGGCCUCUGGUGGAGAAGGUUAAAACAUUAGUAAUUCGUAAUUCGAGUGUAAAACACCAUGUUCAAAAACGUAAACUCUGCAAGGCAGGUGAUUAUACAAAAGGAGCUGGACAUGUUUUUAGAAUGCACAUUUUCUCAGAGACGACAGCUGAUGCCCUGCUCAAGAAGAAAAGUGAAAAGGUCAUCAAAGAAAAGUCACAUGUUAAUGAAACGGGAACAAAAGAGAAGAAGCCACCAGAUUCAACAGAGGGGGCCAUCCAAAAUAGUCAGUCCUGCUCUCAGGAAGAAGUUUGUAAGCUCAACAAGGAAAAUGCCAAGAGGGAAAGUUCUGUUCUGCUUCGAAUGGAUCCUUCCAAAUGUCAUAAUGAAGGGCCAGAGGAUAAAGGAGAAAGUUUGGCUUUUGAAAGCUAUUCCAAAUGUAGGAGAAGCUCUGUUCAGAAAUCCAUCACUGCAGAAAAGCAGCAAGAAGAUGUUGUUGAUGCUUGUGAAAGGAUAACGGGGCAGGAGGUAGAGAGUGAGCCCCCAGCAGAUGGGGAGAGGAAGGAGGAACAUCAGGUGUCUGGAGCUGAAAAACAAGAGAAGAAGGAGAAAGAAGGGGAGAAAAAUGCCGAUAAGAGUGAAAAAGAUGCUGAGGAACCACCAGCUCCUUCCCAAAAUGAAGAUGAGGCAGGACAAAGCAAUGAUGAAGAGGUACCAGAGGGAAGGUGUAAAGGCUGCGAAAAAGACAAUAGUCCUACUCCACCAGCACCAUUUGAUCACCGGAUUGUCUCAGCCAAAAGGGUGGGGAUCAGCAGUUAUUAUAACGUCAGUGAGAAUGAAAUCCUGGGAGGAGGACGAUUUGGUCAAGUGCAUAAAUGUGAAGAGAAAGCAACAGGUCUCAAGCUAGCAGCCAAAAUUAUAAAAGCAAAAGGUCCUAAACAGAAGGAUGAAGUAAAGAAUGAAAUCAGUGUCAUGAACCAGCUGAAUCAUGUGAACCUCAUCCAGCUAUAUGAUGCCUUUGAAUCUAAAAAUGACAUUGUACUAGUCAUGGAAUAUGUGGAAGGAGGAGAGUUAUUUGACCGAAUUAUUGAUGAAAACUGCAAUUUGACAGAGAUGGAUACUAUCUUGUUCAUAAAACACAUCUGCGAGGGAAUUCAGUACAUGCACCAAAUGUACAUUCUUCAUUUGGAUCUCAAGCCUGAGAAUAUCCUGUGUGUGAACAGAGAAGCAAAUCAAAUAAAAAUUAUUGAUUUUGGAUUGGCAAGAAGAUAUCAACCCAGGGAAAAACUUCGAGUUAACUUUGGGACUCCAGAAUUUCUUGCUCCUGAGGUUGUGAAUUAUGAAUGUGUCUCCUUUCCUACAGACAUGUGGAGUUUAGGAGUCAUUGCUUAUAUGCUCCUCAGUGGAUUGUCUCCUUUUUUGGGUGAUGAUGAUAAUGAGACCCUCAACAACAUCCUGUCCUGUAGCUGGGAUUUUGAAGAUGAGGAAUUUCGAGGUGUUUCUGAUCAGGCCAAAGAUUUCAUCUCAAAGCUUCUCAUCAAGGAUAAAUGCUGGAGAUUAAGUGCAACUGCUGCCUUAAAACACCCAUGGUUAUCAGACCACAAGCUCCACUGCAGACUCCAGAAGGCGGCUAAAGGUGACUCUGCGUCCCAACCACCUCCGGCUCAAUAACCGUUCUCAAAGAGCUGCCAAACAGAAGGUUUGUUUCAGAAAAGCUGCUGUGUGGUUACUGCUGCUAGGAGAUUUGAAAAUAUCAGCAGUCUUGGUGCUUUACCCCACUGCCGUGACUGAGACUUCUAAACGGACCAACAGCACUUUAGCCGCAGAACAUUGCUGAGCUGCUGCUUCUCUAUUCAGCUGUUGAAAGAAGGAAAGUAUUUCUCCAGGUCACAGGAAGGUGUUUCUUAUGGAGCACCAUGUUCUUCAUGUCUGGGAGCACUACAUUAGCUUGAAUUUGUAACGAACCUUUCACCUUACCUUACAUCCUCAUUUACUUAUUGAAGGCUCAAAUUAUAAGGUUAAAUUGACUGUUUCUCAUGUCAGCCUAGAAGGCAGUCUGUCACUGUGUUGUAUCUGUAUCCAAGGUUGAUUUGACACUGGAGUCAAAUAAUUCAAAAAAAAAAAAAAAAAAGAAAAGAAAAGGAGAAAUUGCAGCCAAUUUAAAGCUGCCUUAUGUAGAGGAUUUGAAGUUUGUUUUUCCUGUCACACUAAAAUGAGCUAAGGAUUAGCUCAACCAAAGUUAAAGCUGUGUUAAUGUAACACCAGUGGAAGUGAGAAAUGAGGCUUUCCUUGCACAUAGGCGAGUUUGCUGCAGCCGUGGUAUGACACACUUCAGGAUUUUUUAGCCUGAUGAAUUACUGUUCCUUUAAAUGCAUUUUGAUUAAUUAAACAAGAAAGAGAACAAGGCACUAUUCACUUGUACCUGUGCAGACUGUCUUUUCCAACGGGCAAGUAUAAUUCGGAGUUAUUUUAACAGAAGGUGAUUUUAUACCAGCUAAUUUGUUUAAUGCUAAUAGGACUGAUUAAGACUAUUGGCAAAGAGAAGAUUCAGUGCUCUGCUCAUUAUAACCUCUGGACACAAAUCCAAAUGAAAAUACUCUGUUUUCUAAAGUUUUCUUAUUUUGCUCCCAGACUUUCUGAUUAUUAACUAGAUAAAGAAAUGGGAGUCAAAACAGCUGAAUUCUUUACCUGAGAUUGUCUGUGUAUGGCUCAUCGUUAGAUGAAUCUGAGUCUUAGUUGCCUAGGUUGUGAGAUUAAAAUAAUGAGACUUAUUCCCUGCUGUAUAUGGCUUUCUAACUGCUUGGUUUCAGAGCUACAUAAAUGCAAAGUAUAGUGAGUAUUCUAUUCAGUAAUGCUGACGUAUUGUGGUGCCUUUAGAUUUCCUUUGAUUAAUCCAGUUCUGAUUGAUUACAUAUUAAUAUAGCUAUCUCUAUAUAUUUAUCUAUACAUUUCAUAUGUAUUUAUAUUUAAAUUAUGUCUUUUUUUUUUUUUGAAGGGGAUCAACAUAAAGACAAACCAGUAUUAUUCAUAAUCACCCAAUGAAUUGUUUUCCAUACCUUUGUCCUUUUUGGAUAGUAUUCAUGUUGAAAUAAAAGGGGCCCAUUAAUGGGACAUCAUGGCCAUAACAUUCUCUACAGCCAGUUUGAUCCAGUGUUUUAAAGCCAUCGUAGUAGAUCUCUUAAGACUGCUCCUGUAAAUGAAUAGGGCUUCUUACAGCUGUGGAAUCUAAGAAAUACUGAUGUGUUGUACUAGUGGUUGCAAAUAUAUGAGACCCAUUACUAUUAUCACACAAUGACUCACCAUGUAACUUUGAUACCAUGUAGAGCACUGCCACCUUCAAGUGCUUAUUUGUAGUCUUAAAUAAAGUAAAUUUGACUAGCAGGAAGUUUCUUUGGGAAAAGACUAAGCAGUCUGAAAGGAAGAAAACGAACAUAUGACUUUUAGGUAGAAACAGGGCUGCUUAUUGUUAGUUACCAUUUAUGUUUGCCUGUGCAAAAUAAAUAGAAAAGCUACUUUUCUGUCAGGGCUGGAGUUCGCACUCCUGUUCUGACUGCCCUCAAGAUGCUGUAGCUUUUUGCACAGUAAACAAUUCGAUGAUCCUAUUGAAAUGCAGCAAACCACUUUGGAAUGACAAGAUCUCAUUAUGCACUUUAGUGGCAGUAUUGUAGGAUUGGGUUGGGGGUUUUGUUUUUCAUGUGGUAGAUUUUACAUGGGUGUGAAUAAAUUGCAUGUAAUUUUGAAUCUUAUUAACUAUACUAAAAUAACAGUGUGACUACAGUCUUAUCUGCUUUGUUGCUCAGUUGAAUUAAGAGGAUUUGUAAUUUAUGGAUAUAUACAUCUGAGUAGUAGUUAAGAGCUUAGUGCUAUAAAGGUCAGCCCUCUCAUCCGUAAAAUGCUCUGUCAGAAAUACACACACGUGAAUUACUAGGGAGGUUGGAAGAGCUUGGCGUACUUCACACACCGUGAAAGGUUAGUCCCUUUUAUAAGGCAUGAGUUGAGGAGAAGGCACCUCACUAGCUUCUUGCUUGUGCAACAGGGCGGUGUGCUAAUGUACUGAAGGGAUUUAACUUUCAUACUAACAUGGAUAAUGAUGCUCACACUCUUGAGUCUUAUCUGUAAAUUGUCCCACUGUUUCAUCCUUGGAACAGCUCCUGUGAGUGGGGGAUGAAGUUGAGGUGGGGACAGUAGGAGGAGGUUGGACUGAAUGAGUCUCUACAGUGACUGAAGGUGCCAUUUGGUGCCCAGUGUUAAGCAUAAGCAUAGGCCUUCAGGUGUCCAGCGGAGGAGUUAAAAAUCCCUAGCAUACUUCUUGUUACUGCUCCAUAGACUAGAUUUGUGGCACUGAGUCAAAAGGGAGGCACAUUUCCAAUAUCAUUAUCACUGUAAGGAUAAAAAAAAUAUACUGCUGUGUAAUUAUCAUUGCUAUGUAUAGCAAUAUGCCUGAGAAAAAUGUUUCCAGAGAUGUUUGUUUGUAUCUUUUCUGACUGUUGUAAUUUUAGCUAAAUAAUAACUUGACACAGCUUCUUUUUAGUGGCCUUCUAAUUCUGUCUCAUUGCACUUUGAGCAGCAUGCUGUUUUGUGUCUGUUGGUGUGUGGAAGUUUGCUUUUGGUUCUGUUUUACUUUGUCCCAUCCCUGGAAGUGUUCAAGGCCAGGCUGGCUGGGGGUUCUAAGCAGCCUGAUCUAGUGGAAGAUGUCCCUGUCCAUGGCACGGGGUUUGGAACUCAAUGAUCUUUAAGGUCCCUUCCAGACCAAACCAGUCAGUGAUUCUAUGAUUUAAAUAUGUUCUCUAAUGACUAAUAGCUAGAGAUUGCUAUAUUAAAUUAUUGGUUUGACACAUAAUUAUUUAUUUUCUACUAGGUAAUAACAAUAAAUUGCCUAGGUUCUAAUAUGUCUGUGCAUCUAUGUGAGUUUGCUCAUUAUAAUUUUGUUGUGUAUCAGUUUAGGCAAUUGCAUUUGGAAACUGUGAAUUACUGUGCUUGAGAGCAGAUUUGGGUGUGAACAGCACUGUACUAACUGUCAUUACUCCAUUUACCUGUAUACCUACAUGCAGUUAGAGAUGGCUGCAUGUACAAGAGUGAUACAGAAAUAUCACUUGUGGAAGGGAUAAAGUGUCAAGAUGCGGUACUGGGUCUGUGUACACCACUGUAUUUUUUCCGAUGUGUAAAAGUUAAAAGCCAUAUCAUGGGAACAUAGUGAUUUAUAUUAGGAGGUGGUUUGACCUCCAGGUUUCCAUACAGACUCCCUGCUGGACUGCAAAAAAAGGAGAGGUCUUUCUGUUUGAAAAGGCAGUUUUAGCAGUAAUGUUACAAAGGGGAUGUUCUGCAGGCAAAACCUGCAGGAAGUCACUGGAAGUUGAAGGCACCCUGUGACUGACAGGUUUUCCCAGUCACAGAUGUAACUGUACUCAGAAAAGCAUGUCAAGCACUGAAAGACAGGUGUCACAUGGUGCUCAUGAGGAUUAGGAUGCUGUUAUUCCCAUUUCUAUAGAUGCAGCAGAGAGAUUCAGCUAGAGGAAACCUCAGAGAAUUUUGCCCAAGGUAUGCUACAGUAGUCUGAAUUUAGCAUCUGGAUUAGAAGCGAAUUUAUUUGGCUCAGAGUGGGACACUCUUGGCUUUUCAACUCUUUUUACAUAGUGAAUAUACCAGAUGCUCUGAAAUGGGUAAAAACCUUUACUGCUGAAAGACGUCCAUAUUAUCAUGUCCAGUUUGUGAGCACCUGCAGCCAGUUGCUUCCCAGAGUACCUUCACAGCAUAAGCAGUUGGCAGUCUGUGGUAAUCCACUCUGCAGACUACAACAGAAGCUACUUCUUAAUUUCUUUUUCAUAUUCCUUCUAAUGUCAGAAGCUGAAUAAAGUUAAAGCCUAAGCUAAAUUCUGCUAUAACUUGAUUCCAAGCAGAAAUAACAGUGUAGCUCCACAGAAUUAAAUAACUGAAGUGCUUGGUUUAACUUUUGUGAUGUGAGUAGUACAAAAGCUCAGCUUAAUCCACAAUCCCUGUCAAAAAAAAUCUACUUUCCUGACCAGUAAAAAUAAAAAGAACCUGAUUUUUUUUUUAACAGCUAAGGAAUCUCCAUCGACAUACGGUUUUUAUGCAGUGGUUAAACUGCUGCAGUAGGAGUCAGGGUCAUUUUAGCAUCUUCAAUUUAAUGCUGAUAUUACAAAUCACUGACAGCAUCUUUCAGCUGGAGUUGUGAGAAAAGUAGGUGUUUGUCAGCUCUUUUCUGCUGAUGGUGACCUGGAAGCAUCCCAUCCCUUCCUGUGGCACCACCAGUAAGCAGGGAAAUUCCUAGCUUGUGAACUCUGAAUAUGUGUUAACACUUGAAGUUUUGCUUAGUGUCAAACCUAGAGUAGUGGUGAAUGAAUGAGCACCGAUGCUCUAAACUCCUUCCAGUAGGAUGCUGCAUCUUCACAUACUAGUUAUGUCAUCACCAAUAGAUACUUGUCCUUGUGUCUUGUGUGAAUCAAACUAAACAUUGCAUGAAUCCAUUUAGGGACGUUAGACUAUUUCACCUUCCAUGAAGGCUUGGUAGCUGAACAAUUACCUACCUGUUUCAAAUCUUAGAGGAAGACUGGUAGAGAUAAUGCUUUGUAAAUAUGUUCUUUAGCUUUGUCCUUGGAGUUAGUGAUCACAUUUUGGUGUGGCAGAACUAAGGUUUGGGUACCCCAGAGCAACUUCUCUUGAAUUUAGAUGACAGGCAUGUGAAUACAGAAUUAUGAAGCAUGUGAAUAUUCAUGUACCAUAUCACUUUGGCUUGCAUAUCUGGUUUUGUAGAUUAACUCAUGUACCUCUGGUAUGAAUUCUUUUGUGAAAAACGUGAAGCAACCUUGUAAAAAGAUGACUGAGGAAUAAAUGCUGAUUUUGUUUACUCCA